UUCUGACACAGUUCUGUACCAUGGAAGUCUUGGGUAUUUAUGCAUUUAAGGGUUUUCUAGAGGAAAUGAUUUCAGCUUGUAUAUGCUUUGCUGACUGUUAAGGGUAUUAGCCCAGCUCUUUCAGCUCGAAGCUGUCGGUGCCUGAGAAGGAAGCUCGGACUGGGUUUGAGAUGGUGCAGACCAUGGACAUGAUUAAUGUGUCCUUCCUGACCGACUCUGAGAGAGAGUUAAUUUUGGAGGUUCUCCACCGGGAUGAGGAGCUCAGACGCUUGGAGGAACAGCGUGUGAAGAAGCUGAAAGCAGAUCUGCUAGACGUGAAACGGAAAGGAGCAAAGCGUGCCAACGAGAAUUACAGUAAGCACAGCUGUGGGCGCUGCCAGGAGCCUCUGGGUCGUCUAGCUACUAAUGCCAACCAGUGUCCAGCAUGCAAACACCAAGUGUGUCAAAAUUGCCGAUCUGUCAGACCCAACGGAUCCUUGCUCUGCAACGUGUGUGACAAAGAGGCAGACCUAAAGAAGAGCACAGGCGACUGGUUCUAUGACCAGCGGGUUAACCGAUUCUCAACAUCUCCUGGACAUGCCUUGGUGCGAGUUUCUCUCAGGAAGAGGCCUCUGUCAAGGAAGAGGGAAACUGCAGGAGAGGCGCUGCUGAACAGUGCAAAGCUGAGCUCCAGCCAAACUUUACCUGUACCCCGACUUAGACUGAAAGAUCUUGCGCUAGAAAACAAAAGCUUAUCCAGUGAGCACCUAGAGUGCAGCGACACUGACUCGGUGGAGAAAGACAGCCUCAGCAGUAACCGUGCUGACACGGACUCUUUCGGCAGCAGUCCAUUGACACAAAGGAAAGAAGAGAGUGCGAUCAGAUUGAGCCCUGCAGGUUCCACUGCGUCCAUAACGAUUCCUCCCACCAAAACUCACAGUCCAUCUGGAUCCACUACUAGUGCUGAGACUUCAUCUUUAUUCCAUCGUAUUAAUAUCUGCCCGGAGUCCCUGAAUGACGUUGAUGGUAUUUUCAAGAAGAGUGUUCGAAGAGUGCACAAAAUAUCAGACUUCAAACCAGCCUCUGUAACAGACGUACGCUAUGAUGACACCCGGAACACUACAGCUACUAUAGGAGACAGAAGCAAGUCUGUUCCAGGUCUCAAUGUAGAUGAAGAGGAGGAAGAUGAGGACAUUGACAAUUUGGUUAACAUUCACAAAAGGACUGUGGGCGAUGGUGCAAACAGUCUAAAAGGUUCAAAGAGCUCCAUGGGCAGUAUAAUGAGUGUGUACAGUGAGGCCGGAGAUUAUGACACUGUAGACAUAAGCGGGGACAUUGUCUACUCUCUUCAUUAUGAUGAGAGGGCUCAGAAUCUGUCUGUCCUGGUCAAAGAGUGUCGAGAGCUGGCGUAUGCUGACCCUGCCAAAAGAAAGUGCAACCCAUAUGUAAAGAGUUACCUUCUCCCAGACACAUCACGACAAAGCAAGAAGAAAACUACAACUAAGCGUAACACCGUCAACCCAAGCUACAAUGAGACCUUAAAGUACUCUAUUAGCCGUUCCCAGCUGACGUGUUGUACCCUUCAGUUGUCAGUGUGGCACCACGACCGUUUCGGGCGCAAUGUUUUCCUCGGGGAGGUGGAAAUACCACUGGACAGCCAUGACAUUGACUCUGACCACGAGGAAUGCAUGGCACUUACAGGAAAGGUUGCCAGCUCUUUGUCACUUUCUCCUUUCGCCCAGUACAAAGGAGAACUGGUGGUUUCUCUAAAGUACGUAACAGAGAAAAGUGCACCUGCAGAAAAGCAACGGGGCAAAAAGGGAAAGGUAGAGGAUGGAGGAGAGCUGCAUGUGUUUAUAAAGGAGGCUAAGAAUCUUUCAGCAAUGAAAUCAGGCGGCACAUCUGAUUCCUUCGUCAAAGGAUACCUGCUACCAUCUUCAAACAAGUCGAAGAAAAGAAAGACGCAGGUGGUAAAAAAGACAGUGAACCCGCAAUACGACCACACGUUUGUGUACAAAGAGCUGAAUCUGGAGCAGCUAAAGAACAUGUGUCUUGAGCUCACUGUUUGGGACAAAGAGGCCAUGUCCAGCAACGACUUUCUGGGGGGAGUGAGAAUGAGCUCAGGGGCAGUGCGACUGAAGGAGGGGAAGAAGGAGUGGGUGGCUGACUCAACUGGAGAGGAAGUGUCUUUGUGGCAGAAGAUGAUGCAGUUCCCAGACUCUUGGGCAGAGGGCACCCUCCCAUUGCGAUCCUCCAUGGGCAAGGAAAAGUAAAGACCCCCAGCUGUCUGUCGCCUGGCUUACCAAGCUCACCAACCUCAGCCAAUAGAUAAAAGAGCAAAGCAUAUUGCAAACAUUCCUUAUGCACUACCAAGUGAUAACCGUUCUUAAAUAGGAACGAUGUGUUACAAUUUUAACAUUUAGUUUUAUGUCUCCUUUUUUUUUUAGUAUAAGCCAGCAUGACCAAAAAUUAGAUAUUUUUUGUGUUAUGAAUGUAAUUAAAAUAUUUAUUUUUAAAAUCAUUUAUGUAUAUACUUUUAAACAUACUGUUUUUUAAAAAAACAGCACAAUUAUGCUAUUAUUUUAUUGUAAAUUGACACUUUUUAAAUGAGUAAAUUUUCUUCCCAGUGAAACAAU